UAGGAGUGCCCGCCUUCUCAUAUAACAGAGGUCAUAUACUGUAUUCCAUCGAUAGUCCAUAGGUCAAGCACGGAACUAGCUUGUGCUGACUCCCUUCAAGCUUUAUACUUCUGCAAACUAUCAUUUGGCUUUUAAAAUACCGAUAAGUGCUGUUUUGAAGUGUCAUUUUGAGGACUGUCCUCUGAAACGUGACCUCAGAUCACUUGUGGGCGUCACAAUGAUAAAGUCAGACGUGAUCACCUUUACUCUGCUGUUCAUGCAACUGUCAUGUGGAUUUGGGGGAAAAAUACUGGUGUUCCCUUUAGAUGGGAGCCACUGGAUAAACAUGAAAGGAAUCAUUGAAGUACUUCAUGCCAAAGGCCACGAGAUCACGGUGAUUCGGCCGUCCGGUAGCUGGUACAUUGCAGAAAAGUCUCCUCACUACAUGUCUGUCAACCUUCCUGGUCAGGAAGGAUUUAAGGAGCAGUUUGAACAAUUUGUGUCUCUACAACUGGAAACAAUGCUUCAACAGAGGUCUCUAACUCUUUUGCCUCGUAUUUGGAGUAAGUUUCAGAACGAAUUUGUAACUUUGAGACAGUUUUCCCUAUUCCACGAGGCUCAUUGUAAGACAGUAGUUCAGAUGUUUGAGGAUGAAACUCAGAUGCAGUCCUUUCGUAAUGCUAAAUAUGACGUCGUCUUGACUGACCUUGGUGUAGGUGGAGGAGCCAUGCUUGCAAAGCUUCUCAAAGUUCCCCUCAUUUACAAUGUUAGAUGGACGUUGCUAGGUGAAUCUCACGACAUCAUUGCCCCCUCCCCUCUUGCCUACACUCCUUUCCUUGCUGCACAAUUAACUGAUAAGAUGACCUUCUCUCAAAGAGUCUUUAAUGUCCUAUAUUACACCUUUGGUUAUUUGACAACGAAGUUCAUAUCAGAACCUCACUAUAAGCCGAUAGUGAAGCAUUAUUUUGGUUCUGAUGUGGAUUACACAACAUUGUUUUUGGAUGCUGAUAUAUGGUUGAUGAGAAACAAUUUUGUCUUUGAAUUCCCUCGACCCACGUUGCCAAAUAUCGUCUACAUGGGUGGAUUUCAGUGCAAGCCUCCAAAGCACCUCCCUGCUGACCUAGAGGAGUUCGUCCAGAAUUCUGGAGAUCACGGUGUUGUUAUAAUGACUUUAGGAACUCUAGUUGGGACACUUCCUGAAGAUAUGACUGAAGAAAUAGCCGCAGCCUUUGCCCAACUACCUCAGAAGGUUAUAUGGAGGUAUUUAGGACCAAAACCUGCCAACCUGGGAAACAACACAUUACUGGUUAAGUGGCUACCACAGAACGACCUCUUGGCUCAUCCUAAAACAAGAGUAUUUGUCACUCAUGGAGGCAUUAACGGGGUCCAAGAAGCCAUUUAUCACGGAGUUCCAAUCGUAGGACUUCCGUUGUUUUUUGAUCAGCAUGAUAAUCUCAACAGAAUUCGAGCAAAGGGAGGAGCAGAAAAUGUGGAUAUUGUCAUGCUCGACAGGCACAUUUUUGUUGAUGCACUUCUCAAUGUUCUUCACAACUCAUCAUACAGGGAAAACAUGCAAAGGCUCUCGAGGCUGCAAAGGGAUCAGCCAAUGAAACCAAUGGACCAGGCAGUCUUUUGGAUCGAAUAUGUUAUACGACAUAAAGGAGCCGGUCAUCUGAAGGCAGAGUCCAACAAAAUGUCCUCAAUAGUUUAUCAUUCGGUUGAUGUCAUUGUAACUUUGCUAACAAUAUUUUUGCUUCUAAUUUUCACCUGCUUUUUCAUUUUUAGGUUUUUGUGUAGGAUAUGUUUAAAUAUGAAAAAAACGAAAGACGAAUAAAAGAAUUUUUCAUAAAUUAAGGAAAAAAUACAAUAAAAAUGUGGGGAAAAAAUGAGACAGGAUUGAAAAUGCGUUUACUAUUUGAAGACACUAAUUUAUUUGAUUUUUCAACCUUUUGUGGAAUUCCAUCAUUUUAAUUUUUGACAUGAUUGACUAUUCAUUGCAAAAUCAGAUGUGUUCAGUUCUAUAAAAUAUACAAAUGCAUCAUUUUUAUGUGGCAAUUUUUCCCACUAACUCCUUUUUCCACCAAUGUGUAAAAUAUAUAUUAUUUUUAAAAUGUGGUAGCACAGUGGUUGACUGAUGUGUUCGCCUCACAAUUCUGAUGUUGAAGGUUCAAUCCUCUGGCCUUUAUUGGUGGAGUUUGCAUGUUAUACCUGUGUCUGCGUGGAGAUUCCUUGGGAACUCAGUUUCCUUCCAAAAGCAUGUGUGGUGGGCUGAUUGGAUACUCUAAAUUCUCCAUAGCUGUUACUGUGAGUGUGAAAUGUGGUUUGUCUUUAUCUGCGAUUGGCAGGCAACAAGUUCAGGGUUUACCCUGCCUCCUGCUUAUAGUAUUUAUCUGGGAUAUGCUCCAGCAUCCUUGUGAACCUUGCGAGGUAAAGUCAAGGCCAUAACUUUAACUUGAAAAUUUAGGGGGUUGAGAUAAAACGACUUAAUUUUCCUUAGGAGCAACCACAGCGCAUAGCCACCUUAUAGACUCUACGGGGCGCUUCAUAUCUGUUGCGACUGAAAUAGGAUUAAACCUAAGAUACUGGCUUAGUUAGCCUGAGUAGAGUAAUUGAACUAGACAUCUUCACCAAUAGCACAGGUAGUGGUUGAACUAUUGACACUUUGCACUUCUUGUACAAAUAAAUGUAACUCUCACAGCAGCUGAAGCAGUAUACUGUUUAUUUAACUCUUUA